AAAGAGGGCAUCUGAACCUGGAUACCAGGGCAGUCAGAACAGGCAUUCUGAGAGCUCAGGAUCAUCUUCUGAGAGUGUGGUCUUCCCAUCUCCAAGCACCAUGAUCUCCUUGCCUAUCCUCUCCAUCUUUCUCAUUUCCACUUCUGGCCUCUUUUGGGGAUCUACAGCAGAUACCUCCCAAACUAUCUGCUGCUUCAGUUAUGUUGAAAGGAUGAUUCCCAGAAAGUUUGUGGUUGACUAUGAUCAUACCAGCCAGCUGUGCGCUAAGCCAGCAAUCAUCUUCAUCUCCAAGAAAGGACUUCGGCUGUGUGCCAACCCCCAAGACAAGUGGGUCCAAGAAUAUGUGACUGACCUAUCAAGAGGAACAGCCUGAGGAAGAUGAAAGCAAUCAGUCCAUGGGACAAACAGAAAUGGUCUCAAAAAUAAAACUGACUCAGACUUAGAAGAA